UACAAGUAAAUUUUCCGUACCUUUUUCCAAGAUCUUGUACCUACAUUAUACCAACGCAAUACCAUGAGUGUCUCAAACUCGUCCAAGAUUUACAGAGCGUCCCAGAUAAAGCCCAGUUGUGCCAACUGUAACAAACCAAUCACAGAGGUUGUGUUGGCAGCCCUGGGACAGACUUGGCACCCUGAACACUUCACAUGCGCUCACUGCGAACAGCCGAUAAGGGAGACGGCAUUCCGUGUGAGGGAUGGCAAACCUUUCUGUGAGGCAGAUUACGUCAGGCUGUUUGUCAAGAACUGUCGAUCUUGUGGUGAACGGAUCACAGGCUCCAUCCUGACAGCACUUAAUGAAACUUGGCAUCAAGAGUGCUUCAAGUGUACAAACUGCGAGGAGAUCAUUGGCCUCAAAGAGUUUACUGAGAGGGAUGGGAAACCAUAUUGUAUGGGUUGUGGUCGGGGUUAAAUAGAAUGGUGUGAUUGAAUAAAGCACACUCAAAG